AUGAAUAACUCUAAUGAGUUGUAUAAAGAACUUACUCAUUCCAACUUUAUCCAACACUUCUCCAACAUCUCCACACUCUUUAAUUCAAACUCAUUCAAAGAUGACCUCUUUGCCCUGAGGAACACCAUCACACUUUUCACACACAUCACUACCAAGGUCAGUGGCGGAUCGGACUCCAUCCCUUUGGAACUCUUUGAGUAUGCUUGGCGCAACUCUCGACAUUCCUCGGAUUACCAAGUUGAUGAAGGAGUAAGGAAGUUGAGAAUCCAACAACUUACACAACAAGAGAAGAAUGACUUUGAGAGCGAGAAGUUGACAGAACAGAAGUUGUUGAAGUACGGCCCAUACUCAUCGUUGGAGGACUACUUGGACACUCACUACUGUUUGAUGCGCGAGGAUAUGGUCCAUCCACUACGUGAAGCAAUACAUUCACAUCGUAAAGGACAAAAGUCACGCUAUAUCCACCAUGAUGUGACGUUCAAAGAGGUGUCGUGCUCCAAUCGCUACUUUUGCUUCAAGAUCUCGUUCAACAAUGCCGUGCCCAAGAAGCGCUUCGACUGGGGUCGCACGUCCAGUCUGCUGUACGGCUCACUCGUCGGACUGACCAGUGUGGUGGACAACUUUGACUACACCUUCUGGGCCACGGUCGAGGACCGUCCGUCCGAGGGCAACACCAAGGAGAUAACCAUCUCAUUCGUCGACAAUGAAUUGGACUAUGCCAAACUGGUCCCGUUGCUCUUCAACAACACGUUCCUGAUGGUCGAGUCGCCCGCCUACUAUGUGGCCUACAAGAAUGUAUUAGACUCGCUCCAGAACAUGUACGAGCUGCCCUUUGAGGACUACCUGCUCAACUGCCAGCAGCAGUCCACGCCGCCCACAUACUUGCGCGACUUCCCCACUGUGGACUUUGCCACGGCUUUCAAGAGGGUCGAGCCAAGCGAUUUGCAUGAUGUGGGCAGGUCCUUCCCCUCGCGUCUCGAUGAGCUUGACGAGUCACAGAUGGCAGCCCUCAAUCAUUGUUUGAGAAGUGAGAUCUCGCUCGUUCAGGGCCCGCCAGGCACUGGCAAGACCUUCAUCGCUCUCAAGAUAUUCAGUCUGCUGCACCAGCACAUGGCCAUCAACUUGGAGGAUCAUGAGCGUACACCCAUCGUAGUGUUUUGCUAUACCAAUCAUGCUUUGGAUUCGUUUGUCAAGGGCGUGCUCAAGGUGACCACCAACGUUAUCCGUGUUGGCAAUCGCAGUCAAGAUCCAGAGUUGGAUCAAUUCAAUCUCAAGCACAAGAUACAAAAGGAUCAAAAGCAGUUCAACAACUACAAGAAACAAGGCAAGAUUAACUCUGGACUCUUGGAUUGCAUGAAAGCAAUGAGGACACCGAUUGAGUUACAGGAUAUACUCAAGGUAGCAGCACCAAUACACGCCAACAUUCUGCGCAAACUGAGAGUGGACUUGGCCAUAGCGUGGACCAAAGGAAUAAGAACAAGAAUGCAACAUACAAGACCAAUCAUGAAGAAGGAGGACAAGGACUCGGACGCAUCAACAAACUUGGAUGAGUAUGAUGAGGAUGAGGAAGCCGUAGAGGACCUAAUCAAAAAGAGGAAGUUUGAUAUGGAUCGCACGAAUGAGAAGUAUGACAGCUGCGACAUUGGCAAUGCCAUGUGGAUAAUGGAGCAGCACUACAAUGCUUUUGAAGACGAGUAUAACAUCCUGGAUCUGAGCGAAGACAACCAAGAGAAUCUCUUUAGACAUUGGCAACGGAAGCAUAUUGGAUCGUUGCUGGCAACAAUGGCCACACUCAAGACUGAGCUGGACAGUGUAACCAAGAUGAUCCUGCGCCAGGACGAUGAGUACAGCGUGAUGGCCAUGAAGCGUGCUGAAGUGGUAGCCGUCACGGCAACAGGAGCCAGCAAACAAAAGGCCGUGCUCGACCUUUUGAAGCCCAGACUGGUGAUCAUUGAGGAGGCGGCUGAGGUUCUCGAGUCUCAGGUUGUGGCCAUCCUGCCCAAGUCCACCGAGCAUCUAAUCAUGAUUGGAGACCACGAGCAACUCAAGCCUUCGAACCAGGUGCACCAGCUUGGACUUAAGUACCGAUUCAACACAUCACUGUUCGAAAGGAUUGUCCGCAAUGGUAUUGGAUGCAAGACACUAUCGAUCCAGCGUAGAAUGGUUCCAGAGAUAUCAAGGUUCAUCAAGCCCAUAUACAGUCGCCUGGAGAACCACCCAUCAGUAUUGUCACGUGCCAUCGAUGACAAUUGUACAUUGAUCAGGGGUAUGCCUUCCAACAUCUACUUCCUCACACAUACCAACCCCGAGGACAGCAAUGAGAAUGCUUUGAGCAAGGCCAAUGAGUUUGAGGCCAAGUUCGUGGUCAAGCUUGCCGAAUACCUCAUCAAGAACAAGUACAAAGCAUCCAACAUCGCCAUCCUCACACCAUACAUGGGCCAACUCAAGAAGAUCAGGGACCAAUGCCACAAGACCGGCCUCCGCAAUGCCCAUCGCGACCUGACAACAAUGACGGUGGACAUGUUCCAAGGCAAUGAGAAGGAUAUAAUCAUUCUAUCUUUGGUGCGAUCAAACACGAACAACUCAUACGGCUUCCUGUCGAUCCAGAACAGAAUCAAUGUGGCCCUGUCCCGAGCGAGGAAUGCCAUGUUCAUUGUUGGCAACUCCACUUUGAUGAAGAGGGCCAACAGUCUGUGGGGCAACCUGAUUGACACGUUGACCAAGGAGGAGAGGAUUGGACCAUCUCUCAAACUUCCAUGUCGCAAUCAUCCAGGUGAGGCCUACGAGAUCAAGUCUCACAAGGACUUUGACAGCAUACCCAAGAACAGAGGCUGUAACAAGCAAUGCAAAGUGCCACUUCUUUGUGGCCAUCCUUGCGCUAGCAUGUGCCACUACGACCAACAUAUCCAUCAGACAAUGGAGUGCAAGUCGUUGUGUAACCAGGUUCAGGACUGUGGACAUAAGUGUGAGGCCAAGUGCCAUGGCGCGGGCGCGACUGCCACCCCAUGCCCACCAUGCCGCCAGACAAUCAAGUUGGUGUUGCCAGACUGCAAGCAUCAGUUUGAGAAACAAUGCUCAUCAUCACAAGACGACCAGACGAUCAAGUGCAAUCAACCAUGUAAGAAGCCCCGACCAGAUUGUGGACAUGUGUGCAAGGCCAUGUGUGGCAAACACGAGUGCGACCUGAUCAAGUGUCUGGAGAAGGUGCCCUUCAAACUUCCAUGUGGGCACUCGACUCACAAACAUUGUGGCGAUGCCAAGUCCUCGGAACGAUGCAAAGUCAAAUGUAAAGUAAGCAUGACUUGUGGACAUGUCUGCGACGCGCCCUGUACAAAGCACACGAUUGGCGCCAAGGACAGCCAUCCAAAGUGCAAGAAGUGUCCAAAGCCUGCACCUGAGGGCACUGUUGCGGCGGCAGCUGCUGUCCAAGACACGCCAGCGAGCCCACCAUCCUAA